UCGAAAGGUGUUUACAUAAGCCCAAAAAUUCUACCAGCUUUUGGUACGGUGCGUCAUAGCACACAUAAAUGUUGCGAGUCAUUGGAUAGAUAUUGUGAGUCAUAGCAUGCAUUUGUGUUGCCUAAAAAUUCAACUACAUGAAAAGAAACAAAACAUAAAUGUGAUUUUGAAAGAUGAUUUAUCAACUUUCCUUAUCCAUGCAAGCUACCUUCCACUGCAUAACCACUUCUUUUAGAUAAAAAUAGCAGAUCGAUAUACAAACGUCUACACUUCUGUAAACAGUACCCAAAAGCCAGAAUUAGGAUUGAACUGAUUACGUGGCUUUAGCAGACCGUCCAAAAAUCUGUUUUGCAAAGCUCCAAUUGCUCCUUGCUUAUCCAGCUUCUUUUGUGUUGGCAAAUUGCUCUUUUACAACUGACUUUAUUCUUCUUGUGUUUCUUAGGCUGAACUAACAUCACCGUACACACAACCAUUGUCAUGAACCUUCACCACGUCCCUAUAAAAGCCCAACCAAUCCCCACAAUCUCAUCAUCACCCACAACACCGAGCACCACAAAAUAGAGAUCAAUUCACUGACAGUCCACUGAAAUGGCUAAGCGGUUGGUCCUCUUUGCGACAGUAGUCAUUGGCCUCGUGUCUCUCACCGUCGCUGAAGGUGAGGCCUCUAAGCAACUACAGUGCGAGCGCGAGCUCCAGGAGAGUUCGCUUGAGGCAUGCCGGCUGGUCGUGGACCAACAGUUGGCCGGCCGGCUGCCAUGGAGCACGGGGCUCCAGAUGCGGUGCUGCCAGCAGCUCCGAGAUAUUAGUGCCAAGUGUCGCCCCGUCGCCCUCAGCCAAGUCGCAAGACAAUAUGGGCAAACCGCGGUGCCGCCCAAGGGCGGAUCCUUCUACCAUCGCGAGACCACGCAACUGCAGCAACUCCAACAAGGAAUAUUUGGGGGAACAUCUUCACAAACAGUACAAGGGUAUUACCCAAGUGUAAUAUCUCCUCAGCAGGGGUCAUAUUAUCCAGGCCAAGCUUCUCCACAACAGCCAGGAAAAUGGCAAGAACUAGGACAAGGGCAACAAUGGUACUAUCCAACUUCUCUGCAGCAGCCAGGACAAGGGCAACAAGGGUACUACCGAACUUCUCUGCAGCAGCCAGGACAAAGGCAACAAGGGUACUACCGAACUUCUCGGCAGCAGCCAGGACAAGGGCAACAGAUAGGACAAUGGCAACAAGGGUACUACCCAACUUCUCCACAGCACCCAGGACAAGGGCAACAACCAGGACAAGUGCAAAAAAUAGGACAAGGGCAACAACCAGAAAAAGGGCAACAACUAGGACAAGAGCAACAAAUAGGACAAGGGCAACAACCAGAACAAGGGCAACAACCAGGACAAGGGCAACAAACAGGACAAGGGCAACAGCCAGAACAAGAGCAACAACCAGGACAAGGGCAACAAGGGUACUAUCCAACUUCUCCGCAGCAACCAGGACAAGGGCAACAACCAGGACAAGGGCAACAAGGGCACUUCCCAACUUCUGGACAAGCGCAACAACCAGGACAAGGCCAACAAAUAGGACAAGCACAACAACUAGGACAAGGGCAACAAGGAUACUACCCAACUUCUCUGCAGCAGCCAGGACAAGAGCAACAGUCAGGACAAGGGCAACAGUUAGGACAAGGACACCAACCAGGACAAGGGCAACAAUCAGGACAAGAGCAACAAGGCUACGGCACCCCAUACCAUGUUAGCGUGGAGCAGCAAGCGGCCAGCCCAAAAGUGGCAAAGGCGCACCAUCCGGUGGCACAGCUGCCGACAAUGUGCCAGAUGGAGGGGGGCGACGCAUUGUCGGCUAGCCAGUGAUAGAACUCUCUGCAGCUUGCAUGGUGCUUGGGCAUGCAUGCACCUUAGCUAUCCAAUAAACAUGACGUGUGUUCACGGUUUUUCAUGUAACUAGAGUAGACCCCAAUAAUGAUGCAAAAUGAAAAGCUUCUCCAGCUAAAAAAAGAACAAAAUGGGUGUUGUAUAGUAUGUGUUGCAUGUCUCAUCUCAUUGUGUUGAUGCAUACUGAUGAUCCACAAGUAUAGGGGAUCAAUUGUAGUCCUUUCGAUAAGUAAGAGUGUUGAAUGCAACAAGGAGCAGAAGGAAAUGAUAAGCCGUUUUCAGCAUGGUA